AUGGAGAAUUCUGAUGCGAAGCCCUCCUCCACUCCAUCUUCUCCGCUGCAGACGACGUCGUCUCCGACUUCAUGGUUUUCAGGCAUCGUGCGCAGCCGCUCCGCCGUCGCCAAGACCUUCAAGUCCGCCGCCGGCGACAACAUUGGUGGUGGCUGUAAUAUUCAGGCAAUUCUUUUGCAGGUUGCAUUUAAGACAGGUGAUUAUAAACAGCAAGUUAUUUUCAUCGGUGGGCUGACAGACGGAUUUUUAGCCACCGAAUAUUUGGAGCCUUUGGCGAUUGCUUUGGAGAAGGAGCAUUGGUCAUUAGUGCAGUUUCUGUUUUCGUCUUCGUACAGUGGUUAUGGCAUCUCGAGCUUGAAACAAGAUGCUAUGGAGAUAGAUCAAUUGAUUAGUUACUUUAUUAACAAGGAAGAAUCGGAAGGCGUGGUUCUACUUGGACACAGUACUGGUUGCCAAGACAUUGUAUAUUACUUGCGCACAAAUGCAGCAUGUUCAAGGGCAGUUCGUGCAGCCAUUUUGCAGGCUCCGGUUAGUGAUCGGGAAUAUAAAUCCACACUUCCGAGAGCUGCUGAAAUGAUUGAUUUGGCUUCGAAGAUGAUAAGUGAAGGCCGAGGGUCGGAAUUGAUGCCAAGGGAAUCUAAUCCAGAUUCUCCUAUUACUGCCUAUAGGUAUCAUUCGCUUUGUGCGUACAACGGUGACGAUGACAUGUUCAGUUCCGAUUUUAGUGAAGACGAACUGAAACAGAGACUUGGCCACAUGUCUACUACCCCUACGUUGGUAAUGUUUUCCAUGGCGGACGAAAAUGUACCGGGAUACGUAGACAAGAAAGCUCUGGUUAACAGAUUGUGCAGAGCAAUGGGUGGAGCAGAAAAGGUAGAAAUAGAACAUGGAAUUCAUUCUUUAUCUAACAGAGUUGAAGAAGCUGUUAAAUCUAUUAUGGAGAUUAUAAGAAGAGAUGGUCCUAAAGGUUGGGAAGACCCUUGGAGUUAAUAAU